AUGUCUCUGGCAAAUACCAUCUGGUCGUCCGAUAUCCCAGUGCCAACUGCGCUGAGAGACUGGCUUGAGCAACUUUUCACAACGGUUGACUCGAAGAGCUCGGAUUCUGGAGAACUUUUAGCUGCACUGUAUACUCCUAACGCCACUGUCUUUGGUUUGCAUGGAAAUGCCGAAGGAUCUGAAGCCAUCAAACAGAGUCGUAAGACAGCUUGGGACACUAUCAGUUCCCGUAAGCACGAGGUGUUGCAGGUCUAUCCGGGGCAGAAGGACUAUAGUGAUCUCAUGCUAAUCGGUCGGCUCACUGCGGGACUGAAGAAUGAGGUGGUGACAGAAUUCAUCGCGCAAAUCCAUUUUCAAGGAGAUACAUCGAAGGAUCCAAAGGGUACCCUGUACAAGGUCUGGGGAUGCACCUUGGAUAAAAGCAAUGCAGACCUGAACAAACUUUAA